AGAAAUGUUAACGAGGUGGCUGUUGGUGGUGGAGGGGUCUCAUCAGUUGCAGUUACUCGUUUUCCAUUAGAGCAGAAACGACCUGUAGGACCUCUGGUUGUGGUGGGUGUCAAAGAUGGUGUUCUUUGGCUAAUUGAUAGAUACAUGAGUGCUCAUGCCUAAUCCCUCAGCCACCCUGGUAUCCGCUGCCGGUGCCUUGCUGCUUAUGGAGAUGCUGUUAGUGCUGUGAAAUGGGCAAGUAGGCUUGGUAGAGAACAUCAUGAUGAUUUAGCCCAGUUUCUGCUAGGGAUGGGUUAUGCUACUGAGGCACUUCAUUUGCCUGGAAUCUCUACGAGGUUGGAGUUUGAUUUGGCCAUGCAGAGUAGUGAUUUGAAAAGAGCUCUCCAGUGCCUUCUCACAAUGAGCAACAACAGGGACUUGGGGCAAGAUAAUUCAGGAUUUGAUUUGAAGGACAUUCUUACUAUAACAACUAAGAAAGAGAAUAUAUUGGAAGCUGUCCAAGGAAUAGUGAAAUUUACAAAGGAGUUUUUGGAUCUUAUUGAUGCCGCAGAUGCUACUGGACAGGCUGAAAUUGCUCGGGAGGCUCUUAAGAGGUUGGUUGCUGCGGCUUCUGUGAAAGGAGCUUUACAGGGUCAUGAAUUAAGAGGACAAGCUCUUCAGUUAGCCAAUCAUGGAGAGUUGACACGGCUUAGUGUAUGCUAUCUAUAUCUGAACAUGCUUAUUUUGCUUUCUGGUGCUUCCAAUUAUUUUGGUUUGCACGUAAUAGUAAUAUCAGACAAAACCACACCUAAAAAUUAAUACAUAUGAUAUUGUUGUCCAUAUUCAUAAUUGAAACUGUGAUUUCUGGGUGUUCUUUCUCUGAGCAGU